AGCUGUUGGGUGUUCCUGGCUUUUGGGAGGUGCUUUAAAUCUGACUGCCAGAGCCGUGGGCUGCUGAGAGCAGAAGCUGCCUGCACAAUGCUGAGCUCAGGUCUUCCUCCCGUUCUCCUGGUGCUCUCAAUGCUGCAGCUGAGCUGGUCCCUGAGUGAUGAAGAGAAGAAGAUCAUCUUGGAUGAGCACAAUAAAUAUCGCUCCCAGGUCUCUCCUCCUGCCAAGGGUAUGAUGAAGAUGACCUGGGACAAGGAGCUGGAGGCCCUGGCUCAAUCCUAUGCAGAGAAGUGCAUCUGGGACCACAACAAGGAGAGAGGCCGACGGGGAGAAAACCUCUUUGCUAUGGCCCCAACCCUGGAGCUAGAAUUCGCCGUGGAAGACUGGAACGGGGAGGAGAAAUUCUACAACUUGACAACAUCCACAUGUGUCCCCGGGCAGAUGUGUGGCCACUACACCCAGGUGGUCUGGUCAAACACGCAUCAGAUCGGCUGCGGGGCACAUUUUUGUGAGAAGAUCGAUGGAAUCGAAACAGAGAACAUGCACCUGCUGGUUUGCAACUACUAUCCCCCGGGUAACGUGAAAGGGAGAAAGCCCUACAUGGAAGGACCCUCAUGUGAAAUGUGUCCCCCAGGCACAGUCUGUGAGAACAACCUGUGUGAACUCGUUGUAGAAGAGACCACUCCGGCCUCUGUGACAACAAAGGCAAGGCCAGCCAAACCAGAGCCCACAGCCAAACCAGAGCCCACAGCCACAGCCAAACCAGAGCCCACAGCCACAGCCAAAGCAGAGCCCACAGCCAAACCAGAGCCCACACCCACAGCCAAACCAGAGCCCACAGCCACAGCUAAACCAGAGCCCACAGCCACAGCUAAACCAGGGCCCACAGCCACAGCCAAACCAGAGCCCACAGCCACAGCUAAACCAGGGCCCACAGCUAAACCAGGGCCCACAGCUAAACCAGGGCCCACAGCUAAACCAGGGCCCACAGCCACAGCUAAACCAGGGCCCACAGCCAAACCAGAGCCCACAGCACCAGUCCACACUACAGCUGAAUCAGAACCCACACCGGUGUCCCUCACAGCCAAACCAGCACCUACAACACCAGCACACACCACAGCCAAACCCAAACCCACACCAGUGUCCAUUGCAGCCAAACCAGAACCCACAAAACCAGUGUCUACCACAGCCAAGCCAGAACCUACAACCACAUUCCCAACCACAGCCAAGCCCAAACCCCCAGCACAGGCACCCUUCAGCACAGCCAAGCCAAAACUUGCCAGCAUGCUCCCAACAACAACCCCAGCCAGGCCAAAACCCACAACACCAGCAGCCACCACAGCCACGGCCAAGCCAAAACCCACCAGCACUGCAGCCAAGCCAAAGCCUACCACAGCUAUGGCCAAGCCAACACCCACCACACCCAAACCCACCCUAACUACCACUGCCACUAAGCCAACAACCACCACUACUACCAAGACAACACACAGCCCCCUGAAAUCCAACACAACAAACACCACCAGCAAACCAAGAACCUCCACACCAAACCCCACCACAACCACCACCACUACCACCAAAGCAACACCCACCACUACCACCACACCAAACCCCACAACCACCACCACUAUCAUCACACCAAACCCCACCACAACCAACACCACUACAGCCAAGCCAAAACCAACAACAGCUAUGGCCAAGCCAACACCCACCACACCAAAACCCACCCCAACUAUCGCUACGACAAAACUUGCUACAGUCACAGCCAAACCAACACCCACCACACCAACAUCUACCACCACGACAGCCAAGCCAACACCUGCUGCUACAAUGCUAGCACCUGCCACAACAGCAAAGACACAACUGAAAACAGCCACAACCACAAAGCCAGAAUCAGAAAAGCCUGAUCCUACUGAGGCAACUGGGGUCAUUCUUUCCUUUGAGCCCACCUUAGACCCAGAUUAUAAAGUAUCUCCAGAGGCAGACACUGGAGAGCCUCUUAGCUCCUUCAGUACAGAGGAUCCAGACUUAUUAGAAAGCAUGGGCACAGCCUUCAGCCCCAGAUCAGUCCCAGAAAGAAAGAAAGAUGUCAAAGAGGAUGAGAAAGAGAAAUCAGCCUUUUCUAGUCCAUCUCCAUCCCUCAGCCAAGCUGUUCCAGAGAUGAAGUUAGGUCUCAAUAGAGCUGAGCUCAUAACCCCCUCCAAGUCAGUGCUCCUCAGCCCUGAAGAGCCCACGUUCUUGCGCUUAACAUCAUCCUCCAAAGACAAAAAAGGGCCGAGCCCCCAUUUCCAGACCUCCCUCUCAGCAGGUGCCCUGGACACAGAAGAUCUGGAGACAAACUCAGACCAGACAAGUGUGGAUCCACCCAAAGCUGGAGCCCCCAGGACCUGCUUGGGCCUUUUGCUCUUCCUCCUCCCCAGUGCCACCCUGGUGGGCCUUCUGCUCUGAAGGGUCUUCCUCAGCUCUCCCUGCACCCCUCACCAAGGCUUUUGUCAGCGCUGGUUCUUCCACAGCCCUGGUAGGCUCAGGAGACUCCUUAGACAAUUCACACCCUCCCUCCUUACGCUGCCUCCUCUGCUGCAGCCCCAGUGAGCCAAGGGGGAGCUUUUUCCCCUUCCUGAGGAGACCUGAGGGCAGGAGGGUGUUUGCCAUACUGCUGGUGACCUUGGGCACUUCUCCUUUUUCCUGGCUUCUGUUCCAUUCCCAGGCUGGAAUUGUUGAGCUCUCCCACUCACCUGUCCAUGUGGCUGGCAGGCCCUGCCACAGCGUGACCCUGGGGACAGCAGGGUGACUUGGGGACAAUGAGACAUGGUGUUGGCUUUGGUGUUUGUAGAUGAGACAUGGUUGUUGACUUUGGCGUUUUUUUAAAGCAGAAAUGCUCUUUUCCCUCCCAAUGUGUCCUUCUCAAUUUUGGACAAGUUUUACCUCUUUCCUUUCUUGUCCAAAUGGAGUUGCUGUUUUGAGGAUUUCUGUUUCCUCCUGCUCCUGGUACAGCUCUGGCCAGUACUACCCAGCUGUUCCCCCCUCUCCUCCUCACACUCUGCAGCCCUUGCCUCCUCCAGUGCCGAAGAUUUAUUUUACGCGUGUGCCUGCACCUGUGUGCACGCACAGAAGAGAAACCUCCAGAGCUGAUGGAGGCCACCAGCUCCUUCAUGUAGCUUUUCCCUGCAUGGCUUCAUCCUUUGCAUCAUUCCAGUGUAUUUGAAUUUAGAUACAGAUUCCUCUUGACGUGUAACUUGUGUGUGUGCGGCUGAGGAGAACAAGUCCCCAGGUGUGCUGGUACAAUCUGAGCUCCAGGGAUACAAGUGACAUUGUUAGAGGUUAUUGGUGGCUCCUGGGCUUGUUGCAGGACCACUGGCAUUGUCUGGGCCACUGUGCUUUGUUAUCCCACAUCUCUCCUCCCUUCCCCUGAGGAUUCCUGGUCAGAGGUGUGAAAUAUGUGAGAAGCUUUGCAGACAGGUGGAAGGAAGAUAACAGAGAGAUGCAGCCCCUUCUCCGGUCAUUGCAACCUUUCCUUUCUUACAGAUGAGGUGGAGGAUGACCUGAAGGCCAUUACUGAGAUCCUCCACUGCUGCUCUGUCCUGUGCAUCCCCAGAGCAUGCACUGAAUAAAUCCUGUUGUGAAAGUCUGUUCACUGUCUCUCUGGGGGACCUGGACACCUGGGAGCCACUUGUUAUACCUGUAAAAUGCUCUUAAUUAUGUGCUUACAUAGAAUUGCUAAAAGAUAACAUGACUUCUGUAGGUCCAGAAGGGGUUUUUUGGCUUUCCAAAAGCAUCCAUGUGCUGCAUUUUGUAAGGGUGUGACUUAAUGUUUUUAAAGCUGUGUAAAAGCAGCAGGAGGCCAUGGGGAUUGAGGAUGACGUAGGGAAUUUUUCUUGAGCAUCCAGCUGAGUGUAAAGUAAAAAUGUGUCCCCACCAGAAACUCUUGGGCAAGGGAAGCAAGAGAAAAAGAGCUCAGAGAAAAAAAAAAAAAGAAAAAGAAAUAAAAA